CAACCAUCCAUGACCGCCGGUCGCUCCUUUCUGUCCCGCCCGAUGCUCUGCACUGCCCCAUCGCUUGGCCUCCAGCUCGUCGUUCUCCCUGCUUCAAGCUUUUUUUUUCCCCAGCCACGGAGCUCGCCGUACCUCCUCUCUCUUCCUCACUGUUCACGCGCGUCCCCAGCUCCUUUGCCACGCCCGGCCUGCUCUUCUUCAUGGCCGCGCGCCCAGAUUCUCUGCUCGACCGCGCCCCCUGCUGCGCGCGCUCGUGCGCUCUGCGCUUCGCUCGCCAUCGCAGGCAGCGGCGCCCUGCUUCUCCCCAACCACGGCGUCCUCUGCUCCCUCUGCCGACCGGAACGCCCUGCUCGGAUUCCGCUCGCGGAGCUCUCUUUCCCCAGCGCCGUUUGCCGUCCUGGUGCAAGCUCCAGCUGCUGCGCCCGACUGGCUUCCUGCAUCGCGCCCAGCCGCGUUCUUCACAGCCGGCUGCUGCUCCCUGGCGCAGCUCGUUCAGUCCAGCCGCACUUGCUUUCCCAUGGCCGCGCGCGAAGUUUUCGGCUCGUCGCGCCCUGGAUUCCCUGGCCUUCGCGCCCUGGCUCUCUGCCCAGAGUUCCCUGUUCUGCUCGGCGCUCUCCCUGCUCGCUCUGGACGCGCAGCUCUCUUCGUCGCGCCCAGGCCGUAUCCCGCUCCAGCUUACCGAAGUCCCUCCCACGGCCGUCUCCCUCAAGCCGCCGUGAGCUCCAUGCUCUGAAAUUCGUGCAUCGCCUCCUUCCCAUUUGUCAUGCCUUGCGACGCUCGUCAUGGACCUCGUCGUCGACCCACGUUGUGCCCACGACGUGCUCGUUGACUCCGAUGAUUUGAUUUCCAAUUUCAUGCUGCUUAUGUCGACCCUCAGAACUCCUUGUCGUGCUCAACCCUGCAAGUCUCCAACUCGUCGACAUCCCUUGCGUCGUCGAACGAUCCCGAGAAAUCGGAUAAAGCAAUAAAUCCCGUGUGGUGCUUGCCGGGUGCUCGGAAAAAGUUCUAUGCAAGAAUCGUUGCUGUCUGCGCGAAGUUAUGGUCAAUAUGGUAAUCAUACUCUGAUUCGCUACCGCUAUUAUUUUGUUUUAGUGGAUGGAUUAAUAGAUAUGGAGGUUGCGACGAUCCUUUUUCUUUAGCAUAGGCACGCUUAGUGAUUAUGGCCAGCUCGGUUGUUGUGUCGGUGUGCUGUUACGCGACCAUUUUUAUUAAUUUAGCAUACGUAUGUUGUGAUGUUCGUAAUUAUGAAAUAGUCGCGAGGUGUGGUAAAAUAUAGGUGUAAGGCACACCUGCUAGCGCGAACGAUUAAAUAUCGUAUUUAACUCGUAGACUGUACAAGUUAAUCCGAUAAAAUGGCUUAGAAAACUAGUUAAGUUAGUUUUAAGUAUGGUGAUGGCCGAUUGUGAUUAGCACCAUCGAUCUGUAUUUUAUGCGUCUUAAUUUACAAAAUGGAAACAUAUGUCUAGUCU